GUAAUUUCGUACGUCGGCGUGGUGGUUUGGCGCCAGCAGAUUUCGCGGGGUCCCAGCAGCGGAAGGAGCCGCGGAUCAGAACCAGAACCGGGAGGCUCGAACCGUGACCGAUCACCGGGGCUUCAGAGCCACGAAACCCGGACAGAGGAGCGAGCGGCCCGCCGGAGCGGAGCGGAGAGUCCCGGAGCUUCCCACCGAGGCCUCCAGGAGGUGAGUAAUAAUGAUGGCGACUGCAGCGCCUCCCAGCAGCUCCGGCCUCCUGCCUCUGUUGGAGUCUCUGGAGGACGUCGCUGCCGGACAGUCGGAGCAGACGGACGUUUACCUGACCAUGGCCAGCCGGCUCAGUGGAGAGGAGGGCCGACAGUUUCUCCCUGCAGUUGAAAAGCACUUUCCUCGUUUAGCUAAAGCCAUCCUGGCUCACAUAGCCAGUCCCAAUGUAGAGCUGAGCCAGGCUGCCCUACAAGCUUUAGGGUUUUGUGUUUAUCAUUCUCACGUCGUCUCUGGAGCUCCAGAAGUCUUAGCGGCAGAGAUCCUUUCAGCACUUUGCUCUCUGGUGGUGAAGUCCAGCGAUAAGAACACAUGCACCAGAGCCUUAUGGGUCAUCUCCAAACAGAGCUUCCCUGCAGACGUCGUCGGCAAAAAAGUUUCGUUGAUUCUGUCAACUCUGGAGAGCAUCUGGAGCAGAGAGGAUGUCCAGUCGGUGGUGAUGGAGCAUGAAGCCCUGAAUGUGGUCAUCAGGAUGCUGGAGCAGGUCUCGGUCCAGAUGGGGGACGGGGCGGUCCAGUGGGCCAGGCUGGUGGUCCCUCUGGUGGUCCACUCGGCCUCCAAGGUCCGCCUGAGGGCAGCAGCAGCUCUGGAGCUGGGUCUACCUCUGCUGCUGGAGAAACAGAUGGAGGUGGCUGCUGUCAUCGAGCCCAUGAUGUCCUCAAAACUGAUCCCAGAACUGCAAAAACUCUUCAUGUCCAAGAAUGAGGCGAACGUCCUGAAGCUGUGGCCUCUGUUUGUCAAGCUGCUGGGGAAGCUGCUCCACAGAGGAGGACCUUUCAUCAACUCUCUGCUGCAUCUGGAGGAACUCGGCUUCCGCAGUUCUUCUCCCACCAUCAAGAAGAUCGCCUUCAUCGCCUGGAAGAGCCUCAUCGAUAACUUCGCCCUGAACCCAGACAUCCUGUGCAGCUCUAAGCGUAUGAAGCUCCUGAUGCAGCCGCUGACGUCCAUCAACGUGAGGACAGAAGCUCUGCUGCUCACCAAGGUAGAGGUCUGGUGGUACCUGGUGGUCCAGCUGGGCCAGAACCUCUCCACCAACUUCGACCAGGUUUCGGUUCCUCUCCUCCAGACCACCAUCGGGUCCGACUCGUCCUCCGUCCCCGGGACUCUGUCUCGACCCGUGGCCCAGAACGGAGCCGCUACACCUGUCGGGAACAAGACAGGCUUCAACAGUCCGGCCAACUCGUCUCGGAUGAGCCUGAACUCCAACGUCCAGGUUCCCUCCUGCUUCCCCUCCAUCCAGCUGCUGGGGCUGGAGAUGCUGCUCCACUACUUCCUGGGUCCAGAUGUUGUUGCUGCUGCAGCGAAGAACAAACUCCUGCUGAGUCUGGAACCCCUGAACCACCCGCUGCUGUCCGGAGUUUCCUCCUUCACCAAACAUGCUGCUGUUCUGAUCUCCAGCAUCACAGAUGGAUUCAGCAGCGUGGGAAAAGAUGCUCCAGAGUCUCUUCUGGCUGUUAUCUGGACUAGUCUGGUCCUGUUUGUGAACUUAACCAUAGAGUCUGGAGGCAGUAAGAAGGACCGGCAGGGCUGUGAGGUUCUCACUCUGAUGCUUCAGGCUCUGCAGAACAUCGUCGCCUCAGAAGCCCUGCCUGCAGACAGAGUCCUGGUUCUGUUUGAGGCCACGGUUAAAGGAAUCCCUCAAAGAGUCCUUGGUUCUGCCUCCUACCAAGUGGGGAAGAUGGACGUCCUGAAUGGGACUCCAGCUCUGUUCCUCAUCCAGCUGCUCUACAACAGCAGCAUGUUGGCAGCCUUCACGGAGGAUGAGAGGUUCUUCCAGAGCCUCCAGACCCUGGUGGGUUGCGGUCUGUCCGGUCCCACCUCCCCGCUAACGUUCUCCGAGGCGGUUCUGGGUGCCGUCAGUCGCAGCGCUGCGUCUCUGCAGAACAAAGAGCAGCUCCUGAGGAUGUGGAGCGUCGUGGUCGGUCCGCUCACCGACACCAUCACACAGUCUAAUGAGGUGAACCAAGGAGACGCUCUGGAACACAACUUCAGCUCCAUCCACUCCGCUCUGAUGCUUCCUGUCACUCACCUCCUGCAGGGGGCGCCGCUGCAGCAGGCCUCCCAGAAGUCCCUGCUGUCUCUGUGGUGGAAGCUCUACAAGGUGUUCGCUCGCUGCUCUGCUCUGGUGGUCACGGCUGAGGAGAACAUCUGCUGCGAGGAGCUCUGUGGACGGAUGGUGGCUGCAGUGGACCGAGAAGCUCUGAAGGUUCCUUCUACAUUAAACUCCAUCAGCAGCUUCCUCCAGGUGAUGGUUGAAUGUGUGGACUUCUCUCCGUUCACGCCUCAGUUCCAGCAGAAGCUCAAAUCUCCUCACACUCCAGUGAACUGGAUGAAGAAGAGGAGCCGAGCUCUGGGGAACCUCUCCACCUUCCAGUCGCUGCUGGUGCAGAGUCUGGAGGUCUAUCUGGAGAACCUGGAGGGUUCCUCUGAGGCCACGGGUUCUUCUCUGGUCUCCAUCCUGUCCACGCUGUUCACCAGCCUGGUCCUGAACAACGCCAUCCAGGAGGCUCUGAACUCCCUGGUCCAUCCUCUGAAGAUGUUCUACACCAGAGCAGCCGCCGAGCCGCCGCCGUUCUCCUCCCAGCUGCUGCAGAAGCUGGAGAAGCUUCUGGGCGACGUCCUCGGCUGCCUCCAGUCCAGAUCCACGUUGGCCUUCAACGACGAGCUCUUGGUGCUGCUCGCUCCUCUGCUCUGCGUUCUGUUUCCUCACAAGAACAAGCAGCUGAGGACCUCCGUCACACACUUCUGGAACUCUACCUUCGCCAACGCCGUCAGCCUCUCCUACCCCGAAGACCUCAGGACGAUCCUGAGCCACGUGAAGCAGAAAACUCCCAUCAUCCUCCCUGGCUUUGAGGUCCUCAACAUUCCUGAUGAGCUCAGUGGACAGUAUUCCAGUGAAGGUUCUCAGAUGGAGACUACUCUCAGUGGGAUUCCAGUUUCUUCUGUGGAGAAACGAGACUCUGUGAAGGACAGAAGCUCCAGAAAGUCCAAACCAGUUCCUACGAAGCUGGACUUCAGUUCUCCUAAACCUCCUCGCCGAGAGGUUUUAGAGGAAGAAGCCUCCAUCGACUUUGUCUUCAUUCCUCCUGAGACGAAGGAGAGAGUUCUGACGGAACACCAGAAGGAGGUGAAGAGGACGAAGAGAGUCGACAUUCCUGCCAUGUACAACAACCUGGAUGCUUCUCUGGACACCACGGCGUUCAGCCAGUUCACCCAGAGCCAGGAGGACUCCCAGGACAAGAUGACGACUGAACAGGCCGACAGAGAAACCAGAGAGGAUCCUCACAAGGCUCCUCAGGAAGACAUGGAAAACGAGGUCAAUGCAGAAGUUCUAACAAAAGACAAUCAGGCCUACGUCAGCCCCAAAGAUCCUGAGGACACAACGGAAAACCAGCAGCAGGAAGAGAUCCUCCCCGACUCUGCAGAUGUUUCUAUGGAGGACGAUGAUAAGGCCAAAGGAACGAGUCCCAACAUCUCUGCUUCUUCAGAUCUGGUCUCAGGAACUCCACAGAAACCCAACAGCCGCCGCCAGUCGUUCAUCACUCUGGAAAAGUACGCAGAAGGAAAAGCUGCCAGCCCGAGCAGCGUUUCCUCCUUCACAGGUCCUCUGGUAAAGACCUCCAGUCAGAGACCCUCCUCUAAGGAUUUCCAGACUUCCACUGGUUCAGACUCUCAGGAUUGCCAGACUAAAACAGGAAACUCGCAGAGUUCCGUCAACGAUGUCCCAGAGUCUCCACGAAGACCAAAGGAGUCCAGGACGAGAACCGAACCCGUGAAGCUGACUGAAAGACUUCCUAGUGACUCGACUGAAGAUGAGGACGUUAUCCCAGAUACUCAGACUGAAGUGGAGAGCACCAAAGUGACUUCAACAUCAGAGGAAGAAGUGAAACUUUCAAGCCCGGAAGAGGAAUCUGAAGCAGUGAUGGAUGAUUCUCAGUCUUCUCCUGACAAACCUAAACGGAGUCGAAGCUCCAGAGUACGACCUUCACUUACUGGAGAGAAUUCGGAAGAACAGGACGCAAAAGACAUUUCAAACAAAAAGAAACGCUCUCGAGAAACAUGUGUGACUGAAUCUCCACAGCUGCUACAAAGCCGACCGAACACGAGGAGUAAGCAAGCGGCCGAGGAGAGCAGUGGUAAAAUAAGAUUACGAAGACGACCUCAGCAGGACGAGAGCGAGUCGAGCCAAAGCAACUCUCAAGGUCAAGAAAACAAACGUAAGAAGAUCAGGCUGUUCAGUAGCUCAGAGGACUUCCUCGCUCAGCCUCAACGCAAACGGAGGAGCACCAGCGAGCAUUUGUCCAGCCAAACUGACGUACAGUCUCAAUCUGAUCUUGAAAGCCAGCUGCAAGGUCGGCGUGGUCGACGGAGCAAAGCAUCAACGGCAGAAGUGACCACAAAAGAUGACCGCAAGCUACAGGAAGACUCCCAGACAGUCGAGCUUGUCGGACAGACGGAAAAAGAUGGUGAUGAAACAAAAAAAGAUUCUCAACUCAUGUCUUUGCCUCAAGCAGAAGGCCAGUCCCAAGAGUCUGAAACUGCAGCAAAGACCGAAAAAGAUGGUGUUCAAAUGACGAAAGAUUCUCAAAUGCCUUUGCCUCAAGUUGAAGUCCAAUCCCAAGACUGUGGACCUGCAGAACAGACGGAAAAAGAAGAUGAACUGAAGAUGGACACUCAAAUGUCUUCACCUCAAGUUGAAGUCCAACCUCAAGACUCUGGACCUGCAGAACAGACGGAAAAAGACGAUGAACUGAAGAUGUACACUCAAAUGUCUUCACCUCAAGUUGAAGUCCAACCCCAAGUCUCUGGACCUGCAGAACAAAUGGAAAAAGAUGAUGAACUGAAGACGGACUCUCAAAUGCCGUUGCCUCAAGGUGAAGUCCAACCCCAAGACUUUGAACUUGAAGGACAGACCAAACACGACAAAGAACUAAAGAAGGAUUCUGAAAUGUCUUUGCCUCAAGCUGAAGUCCAAUCCCAAGAGUCUGAGCCUGAAGAAAAGACCACAAAUGAAGGAGGAGUUUCUCAGAUAGUCAUCUCUACUCCAGCGAAUGUCGAGUCCCAAGAAGGAACAAGCAAAAAGGAAAACAAGACAACAGAAGCCAUCGAUGACAACCUCAGUCAAGAGGACUCUCAGGUUAUCACACCGUCAUCCUCUGUCGGCCAAUCUAUACGUAGAUCCAGAAGACCGAAGGCUUCACCAGAGGCUGCAGAGGCCGAAGACCGAAGUGGAGCCAAGGAUUCAUUAAAAAAGCAGAGCAGAUCUUAUUCUCAGACCGAGGAUCCCGCCGGAGGUAGAAGGAGAAGGAGUAAGCUUCUUCAGCUGUCUUCUGGCUCGACCCCGGAGAGUUCUCGGUCUUUAGAUCUUUCUCAGUCAGAGUCCUCUCAAAGCAGAGGCAGAUAUUCAACACGAAGGUCCUCUCCAGCAGUAGUAGGUGGAGUGGAUUCCUCAGAGUCUGAAUCUUCUGAUGCCAGAGAAGUUUCCCUCGUCCCCAAAAGGAGAGGGAGGAAACCUCGAGCCUCGCUGCCAAGUCCUCUUGCUGUUGAAUCCAAGGACAGAACUGAACAGGUGGAUUCUUCUCAAACAGGAGAGAGUCAAAGCACAGAAGCAAAAACUGAUUCAGUGGAACCAUCAGAAGCACAAGAUCUGCUGCAGGUUGGAGGUAAUGUCGAAGAGGAAAGUAAGGAAGAGUCACCGAUGGAGGUGGAGGACGAAAUGACAAAGAAAACCUACAGUGACGAUGCUUCUGUGAAAGAAGACGACGCUAAAGAUGUGGAAACGCUUGAAUCUGCUGGGAUCAGUAAUGAACAGACUCAGGAAAUGUUUUCUGCUGAGACCCUGAAGCCUUCAGAGGAAAAACCCAAAGAAGUGUCUGAAACUGGGGAUUCAGAUCUGGACCACCAGGAUCAUCCAGCAGCAGCUGAAGAUUCACAAAAAGAAUCAGAGCGUCCACAUGUCACAGAUGAGGUUUCAGACCAGCAAACCGAACCCACCGCCGAGGACAAACCUGCACCUCUAAUCAACGGGGAUGGAGAAACCCAGAUUGUGGAGCCUCAGCAUGAAGAGAAAACUCAGGCUGAGGAAGCGGCAGAUCCGGAUGGCGCUCUAGCUGACGAUGUAUUUGCAGAAUCUACGAGCAAAGACAUUUUCCAGGAUUCUCCAGUGAAGCAGAAGGACUUGGAGGCCGUGAUGGAACCCGGUUUGGGUCAAAGUCCCAGCAGUGGCAGAACCAGAGGAACAUGGUCUCCUUCAGUUUCACCCUCCACCAGCAUCCUGAAGAAAGGCCAGAAGAGGCCGCUGCAGGACGAGACGCCAUCGCCUCUUGUUAAGUCCAGACGCGUCUCUUUUGCUAAUCCGAUCCAGCAGCAGGAAACGGCGGACGACAUCGACCGUCGCAGUCCGGCCGUCAGAACCAGCUCCCCCAGGAGGUCCAAAGGCAGCAACGUCCCUCAACCCAAGCUCGUCACAACUCCAACAAAAGGUUUGCUGAUCCUGAGUCCCAGAAAUCUUCACAGUCCGGGUCACAAGAGCUCCAAGAAAAGUCUGAUUUCGGAGCUGAGUCAGGAGCCUCGGCCGGUCUCCAGGGAUUGCAUCUACCCGGCUCUGGUCGGCUGCUCCACGCCGGUGGAAGCUGUGCUGCCUCAGAUCUCCUCCAACAUGUGGUCUCGGGGUUUCGGGCAGCUCGUUCGAGCCAGAAACAUCAAAACGGUCGGAGACCUCAGUGCUCUGACUCCCGGUGAGAUCAAGACUCUGCCGAUUCGAUCCCCGAAGAUCUCCAACGUCAGGAAGGCUCUGAAAGUCUACGAACAGCAGCGUAAAGGACGAGGUGGAGACGACCUAAAGAGCUUCGAUGAAACCGAGAUGAUGACGUCUGAACUGGAGGAAACUGGAGCUGCUUCCAACGACGACGAUAAAACAUCAGCAGAGACUCUGGCCACAGAGCUUCUAGAUGAAUCGGCCUCUGCAGCCGAUCAGGACAUCUCAGGAAACCAAACGCCUGAAGUCCUGGACGGAGACCAGAGACCUGAAGACCAGAGACCAGAAGACCUUCUGCUGCCGUCUGACGUGGAGCUUCUGUCCUGCAGGAUGUCUCCGUCAGAACUGGGGCGCUGCUCGGCCCAGCAGCUGGUCCAGAUCCACGACCAGCUGGGAGACAUGAUGAGGAGAGUGGUGGUGGAGCUGCAGACCAGAGUCCAGCAGACGGACGACCAGCACUGAUCCUGGACCAGAACCUCCAGGCCUUUACCCCGACCUCAUCCUCAAAGACUCGACAAGGACUGUCUGGUUUUCCCUGUCUGGACGUUUCUCAGCUUGUUUUUCCUUCUUGCUGAAAGUAUUUUUCCUAAACGCUAGCGGAGCAUUCUGUUGGUGUGUAGCUCCAGCUGUCGGUAGUUUCUGCGAAUUUUAAGAAAAGGGAAGAAGCACAGUUUCACUUUGACGCUGUGGUUCUCUGAUUUUCCUGCAGGACUGAAUUGUAAAUAUGCUAGUCUCUCUUUUUAGACCGUUUACAUUCAUCUUGUACAUUUUGUAGCAUUUCUUAGUUUCUCCGCCUUUUUAAGGUCUUAAUGAAUUUCUGUCAUCAUGAACCUUUGUUUACUUUAGAUUGUAGUCGCACUUCAGUGUUUAUUUGUGGUUUUAAGUACUUCAAUAAAAGACCAACCUGAUGGUGGUUUUUAAAGAGC